AUGUUGGAAGCACGCAGCAGCGAUGCUGGCCAACAUAUUCCGGACCGAGGACCCCAGGUCUUUGCCGGAACUCUCGUCACCCUUAUCCUCGCCACUGUCUUCGUCACCUCUCGGAUCAUCUGCCGCCACUUUAUUGUGCGCAACGUGAGCUGGGAUGACCGCGUCAUAGUUCUGGCUUGGGUCUUCGCCUUCUUCCUCUCUUUCACCAUCAUGUUUGGUGCAAGCCACGGACUAGGAAGACUUGAUGUGAAUAUCCAAGCUGAUGAGCGCGGCGUUCUACGCCGUUGCGAGUAUGUCUUCAGCAUUCUCUAUGCAGCCUUGGCCCUCAUAAAAACGAGCGUGUUGAUAUUCUACUUACGGCUAGCCAAACACACGCAGCUCGUUCUCCGCUAUAGCAGCUACUUCUUACUCGUCGUUGUCAAUGUUGCUAGUUUUGUUCUCACCAUGAUCAACAUCUUUCAGUGUAGCCCCAUCAGUUCUGCCUGGAACCCAUUCUAUGAAGGCAAGAUAACUUGCCUUCCUCUCCUCACUGAAUUUAUCUGCGCUUCUCCUGUCAACGUUGUGACAGACCUAGCUCUAUUAGCGUUGCCUUUGGCAACUCUCGCAAGAAUGCGACUUCCAAUAAAGCAAAAGGCCAUUCUCAUUUUUACAUUCGGUCUAGCAAUAUUUGUCACCGUCAUCGAUGUCGUUCGUAUCCACACCAUACAAAGUGCGAUAUCAGAUAUCCCGAUUGGUGAAACCAACACUACUUUUGGCGGCCAAGAUGACUUUGCUUGGAAUGCAUCGCUUUCAUUCAUGUGGAGCGCUGUUGAGGUGAACAUCGGCAUGACUUGUGCCUGUAUUCCAACUCUCAAACCCCUGGUUCUCAAGAUCCUUCCGUCGAUGCUGUCCGAUCCGAACAGUUCACGAACGACGGCAUCGAAGAGCCGCAAUGAUUCAGAUAAUGCCGCCAAUGGAAGCCUCUCCCGUCCAAGUGACGAGAACCCCUCCCCUACCAACACAACCCGAGCUGGUGAGCCACUGAAUGGCCCGACUCCUGCAAAUGACCAACAUGAAUCCACCGCCCUCGAGUUCCUCACUACGCCCGAGAUGACGCAUUUGCCGCAAGCCAACCCUUCUCCCCGGUUAUCCGCCUUCUCACGCGCUCGGACAGAUAUCACAGGAUCAACGUCUUUAACUGAUGAGCACUCGGUUUACUUUGGUUUCGUCAACAUGUCCAAACCCAAGAGCAUGCUGAAAACAUCAGCCUCCGAGUCCCUCAAAUACUGCAGUAUUGUAGCUAUUCUCUUCCUAUUGUGGGGCAUGUCAUACGGCCUGCUAAACACACUUAACACUGUUGUGGCCGCCAUCAACAACUUCACCCAACCUCAGACUCUUGGAUUGACCAGUGCAUACUGGGCAGGUGGUUACUUGGUUGGUCCUAUUCUGGUUGGAGAGUGGAUUCUUCGCCGAGAUGAACACAAUCGUUCCAGGAGGCAUAGUAAAAACGAGGAAGAGAAUGUAGGCGGCUUCAAGGUCACAUUCAUCUGUGGUCUUUGCUUUUACGGCAUCGGAACAAUAAUAUUCUGGCCCUCGGCCGUCACGCACUCAUACGCUGGCUUUAUGGUAUCAAAUUUUGUCGUGGGGUUCGGACUUAGCAUCCUUGAGGUGGCCGCGAACACCUUCAUUGUUCUUUGUGGACCCAGAGAACACGGCGAAACAAGGUUGAUGAUAUGUCAGGCCAUACAGGCGAUCGGAAGUGUUUUGUCCGGCGUCCUCGCCAACAAGGUAUUCUUCACCAAUGUUGGGGAUGACGGCUAUACCUCAAGCACGGUGCUUAUCAACGUUCAAUGGACUUACCUGGCCAUCACGCUCCUCUGCGCUGCUCUCGGUCUCUUCUUCUUCUAUAUGCCUCUUCCCGAGGUAAGUGACCAAGAGCUCGAGGACUCGACCAAACGAAUCCCAGUAGAUCCAAAGAAAAAGACGGCUGUCGGUCUUCAACUUCGCACCGUUGCUAUCAUUCUUGCUGUCCUCGCGCAAUGGUUUUAUGUCGGCGCUCAAGAAUGCAACAGCACAUAUUUCCGCGCCCUGCUCCUCUCGACAAUCCCACCCCACACCAGCAGCGGUGUGACUACUGAGACGACAAACCCCGUUGCCUCGGACAGGCCCCCGGGGAUUGCAGUGUCUAUCCCAGACUACCUCCUUAUUGGCCACGGGGCUUUUGCCGUAUCCCGUAUCCUAUUCAGCUACCUUCUCUACCUAUCCGGCACACGCCCCAGCUUUCCAAAGCCGCGUAAACUUCUCUCGAUUUCUCUCGUUUUCUCGUUCAUUUUCGCUCUUCUCCCGGUCGUCCUCAAGCUGUCCAACCCGAACCUCCUAGUCAUCCCGGUCAUUCUCUUCUUCUUUUUCGAAGGUCCCACCUGGCCCCUCAUCUUUGCCAUCGGUCUCCGCGGCCAAGGGCGGCGUACCAAGCGGGCGGCCGCCUUUCUCACCAUGAGUAAUUCCGGUGGAGGUAUCGCUCCCUUCAUCAUGUACGGGAUUGUGGCCAGCGGCGGCUCGGUCCGCAUCAGCUAUAUCCUUAUUGUCGUUCUUCAGGUUCUCAUAAUGGCAUAUAUGCUACUUCUCGAAUGCGUCAAAGAUGUUAGAACAAUGGUCGAUCCAAUUCCCAAGGCUCCUCAUCCUAUAGCUGAUGAGGAGGCACCAUCUCACGACGUCACGUCCAAUGAUUUACAUCAAGGGGAACCCUUGAAUGAGAAUCAAAAAACCCUUUUUGGGAACUUUAAAGGUUUCAAAUUACCAGUACCCCGGAGGAAGUCCUAA